UGAGCCGUCACCCUCCGUCCAGUCCACAACGCCGGCGCAGUCCAGCCGUCGCGACGCCGUGUGCGUGUCCGCCUCGUCCACCGCACCAUCUUGUUCCUAUCCCCUCUCCCUCCGUGAUAGCACGCGCGCCAAUCCAACGAAACAGCGAGCCAGUCACUGGUUUCUAGCCUCCUCGGCGCCCCAAUGGACGCGGCCGUCUCCCUGCACCACCACGGGGCGCUCCCGCUCCCCGCCUCCCUCCCGCCGCCUCACCACCACCGACGCGCGCUCCCGCUCCCGCUCCCCCAGAACAGGCGCCCCUCCAUCUCCUCCUCGUCGUCCAAGCCCCCAGCCGCGCGUCUAACUCUAGCCGCGCGGCCCACGUCGCCCGCGCGCUCGGCUCCCGCGCACUCCAGCCGCGCCGCCACGGGGUACGCGGCCGCGCUGGCCGACGCGUGCAGCCGCGCGGGCACGCUGCGCCGGGCUUCCCGCCACGCGCGCGCCCUCCUCUUCCGGCGCCAAUCACCAUCCGACAUGGAGGAGGCUGCGGCUGCGGGGCAGUUGGACGCGCGGGUGGCGGCGCUGGUGAGAAUGCUCGUUGGCAAGGGCAAGGUCGGGAUGGUCGCCGAGGUCAUGGCCGAGUUCGCCGCCAUCUGCGACCAGCUGCUGCCCCUGCCCGCUCGAGCUCACGCCUACUAGCCGCACACACUCACACUCGUGUCCGCUACUCUGCUGCUGUAUUUGGUAGACUCAAACUCAACAAUGAACAGCACACCUGUUAUCCAGAAAUAUACUUCAAAUUUGCUGUCUC